AUGUCAAAAGAAGUUGGGCCCUUAAAUCCCAGGACUACGAGCUACGAGUUCAAUGGAAUAACCGGAGUCCUGGGCAUCGCCCUUGGUCUCCCUCUACUAUCGAUUGUGCUCAAUCAAAUGAUUCGUCCCGAUUACUACAUUGAGGGCGCAUUUUCCAAUUUUGAUAUUGCUGAGCUCUGGAAUCACAUCAAGCCAUUGAAGUGGUACUUGACAAAUCGUGAGUUAUGGACUUACUAUUUGACCUGGUUUGGAGUACUGGCAAUUUUUGAUGUAACAUUGCCAGGGCGUACGAUGGAAGGGGUCGAACUUAGGGAUGGCACUAAACUGCGGUACAAGAUCAAUGGGGUAGCCCUUACAACCACUUUGGCUGCGGUUCUAGCGAUCAGAUGGCAUUUGACUAAGGGUGAAAUGCCGGAAUUGCAGUAUCUGUACGACAAUCAAACCGAUAUCUGCAUUAUCACCAUUAUUUUUGGGUUCAUCAUGUCUUUUUUCUUGUAUGCUUUUAGCUUUUUUCCAUUACUCAAAGCAAACGGCCGCGGUACGAAAGAGCAUAUUUUAUCUGUGAGCGGUAAUACUGGAAAUCCUGUUUACGAUUGGUUCAUCGGCCGCGAACUAAACCCUCGGAUAGGUCCUUUUGAUCUCAAACUAUUUUGCGAACUGCGUCCAGGGCUGCUGUUGUGGUUUUUGAAUAACGUGGCCUGUUUGCACCACCACUACCUACAAACCGGCGAAGUGAACAAUGCAAUUUUGUUUGUCACUUUGGCACAGGGCUUUUACGUUUUCGAUGGCGUCCUAAAUGAGGAAGGCUGUCUAACUAUGAUGGAUAUCACUACCGAUGGCUUUGGCUACAUGCUUGCUUUUGGAGAUUUGACCUUAGUGCCCUUCACCUACGCUUUGCAGGCACGUUAUUUGACCGUUUCGCCCAUAGUUUUGACGGGCCCAUAUUUGAGUUUUCUAGUGGCAUUGAUGGCCCUCGGGUACUAUAUCUUCCAUUCUUCCAACAAUCAAAAGUCACACUUCCGCCAGGGCAAACUUCCACACUUGAAGAGUAUCGACACGAAACGUGGUACCAAGCUAUUGUGUGACGGUUGGUGGGGGAUGUCCCAGCACAUGAAUUAUUUUGGAGAUUGGUUGAUUUCACUCAGCUGGUGUCUUGCCACUGGUUUCCAGACACCCUUGACGUACUACUACUCGUUGUAUUUCGCUGCCCUGCUGAUCCAUCGCCAGAAGAGAGAUGAGCAUUUGUGUAAGGUGAAAUACGGCGAUGACUGGAAAAAGUAUGAGACUGCUGUGCCCUACAAGAUUGUACCGUUCAUCUAUUAA